AAGUUACCCCGAGUACCUGGUCUUUUUCAGUUCACCAGAGCCCCUGAGGAAACACCGCAGUCCAUUUACAGAAAGGAGUAUGUGCCCUUCCUGGGCCACAGACCCGACCAGAUCUCCAGGUGGUACAGCAAGAGGAGAGUGGAGGGCCUCCCGUACACACACCUGAUCACGCACCACCAGGAGCCCUCACACCGCCAUCUGAUUAGCACCUACGACGACCACUACAGCCGGCAUAGUUACAACCCCGGCCUGCCCCCUCUUCGCACCUGGAGUGGACACAAGCUGCUGUGGCUUGCGGAGAAAGCAGACUUUCCCCUUCUUGCUCCCCCUACGAACUAUGGGCUCUACGAACAGCUGAAGCGGAGGUGGCUCACACCCAAGGCUGGCUCGUGGGAGAGCAUUUACACCGAGUCCUACCCGAGACCACCGCUGUGCGCUCUGUCCCGGCGGCAGCAUGCCAUCCCCGUCCCUCCCCCUCGCCUGCACCCUGUCCCACACUUCUGAGAACGGCCCCGCCACGGGCUGUGCAGGCGGCACCGACCUGAGCCCCAAACUGGUGUUGGACCUGCCAGGCAGCCGGCGGCUGCAGACGCACCCAGACUGUUAAAUCCGGCCCAGCUCAGGGGUCCUCAACCCAGACUCCCACUCAUCCUCCAUACCCUCAGGCUCCUUUCUUGGCCUUCCCAUAAUUAAAGCUCUUUGACCAGAUGGA